AUGAGCAAGUUCUGUUAUGAUUUCGGUAAAGAUCAACCUCAUGACGAAGAAGAAAUUAUGAAAAUUUGGUAUGCAAGUAAAGUCUCGGAGUUGAAUGAUAUGGUAGAAGACCGAGAUCAUGGAGAUGUGAGCCCCAAAUAUAUUACCUGGUUGCAUGACCCUUCAUCGCUUAGAGAUAGGCCUGAAGGAUCCAACAGGAGGAGAAAUGAUCAAAGAGCUAUAAAAAGGUUAAAAGAGGAAUUUGAGCAUUCCCGGAUGACCAUAUCUAAACAACAAACCCAACUGCAAGCUGGAGUCGCUCAGAUUUGUUUAAAUAUUGAGAAAGAUUAUCAAUCGGCCUUACGGGGCAUGGAUAAAGAUCUAAAGCAUGCUAAAAAUGAGGCGGCCCGCUUAGAAGAAGAAUUGGCAAGCACUAUUGGUUUAGUUAGAAGAGUUGAGGCAAAUAACAAUGUUGAAAUGCAUAAGCUGCAAGAAGACUUGAGUAUCAUUGAAAAGGAUGCGCACCAGCAACAAUUGGAGUUUGAUCAGCAGAGAGAGGAGUUUGAAAGAGAAAAGGCCCAUUGGAUACGCUCAAAGGGUCAGUUUCUUGCACAAUUGGAAGAAAUAAAAAGGCAUAAGGGAGGUCAUCAACAUGCAGAUUUUGAGGUAGAGCGGCGUCAGUGGAUGAUUGAGAGAGCUGUGCUAAAUCGCCGUAUUGAAGAAUACGAGGGACGCGAGACUGAGAUGGGUAACGCCCUCAACACUACCCAGAUAUGGUUGCAGAAUUGUCACGUGAAUACGGGGCAAGCUAGAGAUCAAGUACUUCAAUUGGCAGAGAAAGCAACAUAUAUUCAUGACGAUCAUCGUCAUCUAAACAAUGAGAAAGUUGGUCAACAGGCACGUGCCCUCGUUCCACAAUUGCCGGGAGUGUUUCAGAAUUUGUACGAGAUGUUGGGGGGAGAGUGGAGGCCAAGGGAUGCAGACCAUUGA